AUGCGACAAGAGGUCGCAAUGCCUGGAUUGGAGAUUCCAGGUGAAUUCCUGCGUCAUGCUGUUCUCGACACAGUUGUGCCCCAUGCACCAGCCUUGGAUAUCGAAGGUGCUCUGAGUUCGGCCCUGGAGGACGGAGCUGAUGAUCUGCCCUCCGUUCUCGCGUCGAUUCCGCAACGAUCACAAUUAUUCUUUGAUGAGUUCCUUCCCGUUCGUAUAGUUUUGAGGCUCUCCGAUUGCUCGGAAUCUGUCCUGAAGCAUUACCUACCGCGUCUCGAAGUCAAGUUGGAUGUCUUUGCUGUCGACCCAGCAGAGUCGGUGGGUGAAAAUCUUACACCAACCAGAGAUAUCAUCUUUUCGGGUGUCGUUGGCGGAGACGAGGAUCCUAUAGUUGUGUUCAAUGAAUUUGAAGGCGACGAAGGGAGUGGAAACCACGUCUACCUGGUUUGGAACAUUGAGACCGUGCUGAAGCGCCCCCGCAUACGAAUUCAGCACCCGUCCCUUCUGUUCAUUGCCUCUGCUAGCCUGAACCCGUCUGACGGAUGCCAUCAAGAUGAUUCAGAGGAUGACUACCUCCCUUCACUUGUCCCCGCAUCGACAAAUAUGCUGCAGCCGUUGUCCGGCGACAAAUCUCUCAGCCAUAAAGAGCCUUUCCUUCCUGCUUCCAGGCUUUUGCGGGUCGUGCCAACAACUUACGACCAAGAACCUAUCUAUAACAUUCAGCAACAACAUGGACACCCUUUCCGUGUUGUGCCUGCUGCAAGCGCAAGAAUAAGAUACUCUCGACUAAACUCUUAUACCGGUGUCCCAUUGACAGCUGCCAGUUUAGACUUCGAGGUCACCCCUUAUCUUACCAGUGAAGUUUCUUUCAGCAAGGCAGAUCUUCACUUGUCAGAAGGAACCAUUGAGUCAAUGUCAGAUGCCCCGGGUCUUGCUCUACCCAUUCUUUGUCGCCCACGAGACGAUGUCACCUUUAUGUACAAACUCACACCAGAGUACGGCCCUGAGACCAAUCCAUCAUCCACCGCCAUAGUCAGCACAUUGGCUAUAUCUCUCGAGGCGACAAUUUUGGUCGAUGACGAUUGCAAACCACGCAUCUCUAUGCAGUGGAAAACCAAUGUCGAUUUCUCCGUUGCCCUAAACCCGACCUUCGGGGGUCCCAGUCCUGCACUGCAAAGGACAAACCGUCCUUCCAAUCUAUCCGUCUCAACCCAGGGGGGGAUUGCAGCACCUUCUAACAGAAGCUCGCUUCGGGAGCGGGCAUACUCUGUCACGGACGUCGGUGUCACCAUCUCCUUCUCUGGGCCCGUCCGGGUCCACGUUGGCACUGCUUUCUCGUGGAGUGUGUUCAUCGUCAAUCGAUCCAAUAUACCUCGCAAAUUUGCUUUAAUCGCUAUUCCCCGCCGCAAACGCGUGGACCCACGAGGACAUGUCGCUCGGCCUUCGUCGUCCUCCAUCACCAGCCGAAAAGAAGACCAAGUAGCAGAGGCGGUGACUGAUGACAACAUUGUACAUGCCAGGCAAAAGAGUGUGGCUGGGCAAGAGGUCGAGCUGAUUAGCUUAAGCACGGAUAUUCGUGUCGGCCCCCUCCUACCGGGAACAUGUCACUCGACGGAAAUUAAACUCCUGCCCUUGGCCACAGGUCCGCUUCAUCUAGAAUCAGUCCGGCUGGUGGAUGUGAAUACGAACGAAACGACUGAUAUUCGAGAUCUUCCAGACAUACUGGCCGAUGAUCAACCACGCUCCUGA